UUUCCGUUUUAUCCAUUUGGACCAAUCAUACUAUUCAACCUUGUACGUUGACAUAGGCAGAACGAUUCAACGUACAGUUUAAACCAAGGCAAUGUGGUCUUCACAGAAAAACGCAUCGUGGUGAUAGCAUAGCUACUGGCAUCCAUCCCGUCAGCUUGAUGGCUGGAGAUCGUACACAACCCGCGUAAACUCGCCCACGAGACAUCUAACUCCGUUGGCGCCCGUCGAGAUGUUGCUCCACUCGGUGUUAAGCCUGUUGGCUUGGAUCGGUGCGUUGGCCGUCUCGUGCAUUGAAGUGCAGCCGUGUCAAUCCUUCAAACACGACCAGCUCGCGCAUGAACGCCAACAACUGUAUGUCCUGCAUGCAAUGCCACUGGCCCCGUCGAGUGCGCAUACUUCGGGAACGCUCUGCGCGCCAGCACCACGAGAAACAUGCCGGACAGCCCAGGACCUCCAUCUUCCUCGACGACGGUGCUGGCCAACCUUGCCCACGGUCGACAAGUUUUCAAUUUUCAGAACUUUUGGGAUGCUUCGACUAACGGUUUCACCAAUUUUCGGAAAAAGUUAAAAAAUUCCCGUG